AUGGAGUUAAGUGUUUGCAAUGUCCAGGAGGCACGUUUGGCGCUGUACCAGGCCUCAUCUCUUCAUCGUGCUCUGGGCUGUGCGCCGCUGGGUUUUUCUGCCCAACAGGGUCGACUUCAUCUCGAGAAAAGCCUUGCGGUACUUCCGUCUUCUACUGUCCACCGGGUAGUGCUGAACGUCGUCGCGUGGAUGAAGGGUAUUACACGAUCACCUUUCCAUCCGACCAGACAACUUCGCAAGGCGCUGGCCAGCAAAUACGCUGCGAAAAAGGUUACUACUGCGUCUUCGGAGUACGACGAGCUUGUCCUGCCGGUGUAUUUGGAGAAUCAACAAGAGUCACUACGCCAGAGUGCACAGCACCAUGCCCUAAAGGAUCGUACUGCCCCAAAGCAACGGCAGUUCCAAUCCCGUGUCCUCCUGGUACGUAUGGAGGCGAACUCGGUCUAACAACUGCUCAUUGUAGCGGGCUCUGCCCAGUUGGCUACUACUGUGAAAUUGGGACGAUCACUCCAGCGCCAUGCCCUGCAGGGACUUACGGGGCGACACCAGGUCCCAUGAGCUCAGCAUGCUCGAGUAUUUGCUCUACAGUCAAUGGAGUGUUGU